UCUAGCACACCAAAAUUUACCGAAUCCUCGUUAUUCUUACUUUUGUGAACUUGUAAAUUUUGUACAGAAAUUCUUUAUUUUCCAAGAUAAGAAUCGAAGAUGGUCUUCGAAUCAAUUGUUGCUGAACUUUUAAACAAAGUAUUAGGAGAGUAUAUUCAAAAUUUGGAUUAUUCGCAAUUAAAGCUGAGUUUAUGGGGAGGAGAUGUAGUACUAACAGACUUAUUAAUAAAAGAAACUGCAUUAGAUUUAUUGAAUCUACCUAUUAGAUUGGAAUAUGGAAGAUUAGGGAAACUUAUAUUAAAAAUACCAUUUAAAGAUAUGUGGAAUGGUCAAAUUGAUGCUAUAGUUGAAGAACUUUUUGUACUUAUAGUUCCUACAAGUCAGGUUGCAUAUGAUGCAGAAAAAGAAGAAAAAAUGCAGCUUGAAGCUAAACGUACAGAACUUACAAGAGUUGAGAAAAAAAAACAAUUAGCAGAUACCAAAUCACAAGAGAAACUGGAUGAUUCAAUGGUUGAAAAACUUAUUGCCCGUAUGAUAAAAAAUAUUCACAUUGAAAUAAAAAAAAUACAUGCGAGAUACGAAGACCAUAUUUCAUUCAAAGAUCAUCACUUUUCAGUUGGUUUUACAUUGAAUAAAUUUAUCUUAGAAAGUUGUACAGAUUCUUGGGAAACAGAUGGUAAUUUAAAAGAUAUGUAUGCUAUUCCACAAAUUUAUAAGUUAUGCACACUAGAUGGUUUAGCAGUGUACCUCAAUACAACAGUAGAACAGUUUAGUAGUGCACAAUCAAAUUAUUCAGAUCUAUUUUACAGUGGUAUUGCCACUGUUGAUUAUAAUCCACCUGGUUAUCAAUAUUUAUUGGGUCCAAUAAAUGUCAAUGCAAAAUUAAAAUUAAAUCCUAAACCAGAAACAGAUGGAAGUAAUUAUACAAUUCCCAAAGUGUGGUUGGACAUGGAAAUGCAAAAAUUAAGAAUAGGAUUAGUGAGAAAACAAUAUCACACCCUUGUUCAAUUAGGUGAGGGUUUAGAUCAAGCUCAAAAGGCUGCCCCAUAUAGAAAAUAUAGACCAAAGUUAACAUCAUACAGAGGACACUAUAAAGAAUGGUGGAAGUUUGCAUAUGCUUGUAUUUUAGAAGAAUCAGUACGUAGGAAACGUAGGAAUUGGGACUGGAAUCAUAUGAAAAAUCAUCGAGAUAUGUGUCGUGCUUACGCUGGAGCCUAUCAAACGAAACUAACAACUAAGAAAAUUGCACAGGAGAUAGAAGAUCUCCUUACUGAAUGUGAAAAGAAAUUAGACAUUUUUAAUUUAGUUAUUAUUAGGCAAAAAAUUGAAAUGGAAGUGGAAAAAUUAGCGGAAAGAGAAAAAAGUUUAAAAGCAAAACGUGGUUGGUUUGGUUUCUUGUGGUCCAAUACGCAAGCAGAAGAAGCACAAGAAUUAAACUCUGCAGCUGCCAUAAUGAGAAAAUUCGAGCAAGCAAUGACGCCGCAAGAGAAAGAAAAAUUAUAUAGAGCGAUUGAUUAUCAAGAAAACAGUGCACCAGCUCACUAUCCCGAAACAUAUGAAAUGAUUGAUACACGAUUUCUUUUACAUGAGCUACAAAUUAUAAUUUUAGAUACGGAUAAAGAACAUCCUUGUAUUCUGGAUCUUCAGCUUCAUAGUGUUCAGGCUUGCUUUAAGUCAAGACCUUCUGCUAAUGGCAUUUUAGUUGCAGUGUCAAUCAAUGAGAUGAAGUUAUUGGGAACAAAACAGGAUGAACAAAUUCCUUCACUUUUUAAUUCACAUCAGCAUGGUGCAGAUAAUGUUUUAUUAUCUGUGUCAUAUGAAAAGAAUCCUCUUGAUAAAUUAUGUGGUGACCGUGUUAUAGUAAAAUCUAAAUCUGUAGAUAUUAUUUAUGAUGCACAAACAGUGAUAGAAUUAAUUAAUUUAUUUAAAGUACAAAAUUCGUCGACUUUAAACAAUCUUCAAGCAGCUGCUGCAGAACAACUGGAAGGUUUGAAAGAAAUGUCAGCUCUAGGUUUGGAACAUGCUAUUCAGAAGCAUUCAGUAUUAGAUAUACAGGUUAAUAUGCAAGCUUCUCAAUUAAUUAUACCACAUGAUGGAUUUUAUAACAACACAAAAUCUGUGUUAGUUGUCAAUCUUGGUAGUUUACAAAUACAUUCUCUAGAAAAACCAAAAGAUGUUAAAGCGAACGUAUCUGUUAAACAAUUAAUUAGUAUGGGCAAAAGCGAAGAAGAUGUGUUAUUACAUCUUAGAGAACAUAGUUAUGACAAAUUUGUUUUAAAGAUAGUUGAUUUUCAAGUACUAGUUUCACUGCCAGGUGAAGAAUGGCGCACUGUUUUACCAAGUGUAGAUGAUUCUAUAACAUUAUUACACCCAACAAUGCUUGAAAUUCAGUUUCACAAAUGUUUAAUAACAGAUGAUCCUUUACUUCCAAAACUUAGAUUGAUAGGACAAUUACCAUCAGUUGUCAUUAAUAUAACAGAUAUUCGUUUAUUACAAGCCCUCUCUAUUGCUCAAAGUAUUCCACUUCCAAAAGAAAAGGAACCUACAGAACUUCAUAAGUUAUCCUUGAGCAAGUCUGUUUCACAAUUGUCUUUGCUAAGAGAUAUAACCAGCACUAUUUCUGAGAAGAAAAAGGAAGAAUUUUCUACUGCAGCUGUAGUUAAACAAACGAUAGAUAUGGAAAUGAAAUUUGAAAUGAAAGAAUUUGCAGUACAAGUUUCAUCCCAAAAAGGCAGUGCAAUAAUACCAUUUAUGAAAUUCGAUAUACUACAGUUAGAAGCAGAAAUGUUACAACGAACUUAUGAUCAAGAAAUAUUAUUAAGAUUGGGAGGAGUUCAAGUAAAACAACAUUAUAAUCAAACAGAAAUAUUUAUGGUAAACACACCUAUGCUGUCUGGUAGAGACGAAUAUUUGAUAACAGUACAGUAUAUAAAUGUAAAUAAGCGAUCUCCUGAAUUUAAAACAAAACAUGGAUCUGUUCUUAAAUUAUUAAAAUUAGAAUUUACAACAUUAGAUGUUCUAUUGCAUCAAGAAGCGCUUAUAAAUCUUCUUCAAUUUAUAUCAUAUAUGCAGGAUCAAAUGAAUACAAUAGCAAGUAGUAAACCCGAGAAAGGGUCUCAUAUGCGUCCACGUCCUACACAUUUGGUUUCUAUUCAAGAAGAAACUUCUACGUUUUUAAAAGAACAAAUUCAAAAACAAAAAAUUAGAUCAACAUCACGUCGGAAAAGGACAGUGAUCGAGCACAUAGAUUUAAAGAUACAAGCAAAGGUUGGAACUAUUUGUAUGAAGAUAAUUAGCGAUUCUAGAGAAAUUACUGCAUUUUAUAUCGAUGGUAUCACUGCCGGGUUUAUAAUGAAAGCUUCCUAUUCUCAAGCAAAUGUUAAUUUAUCUUCUAUCAGUAUUAAAGAUCUUAAUGCAGUAUCAGCUUAUAAAGAUAUUGUAUCAGUGAUAGAAGAUACAGAAUCUUUACAAAUUCAGGCUAUAAUAUAUAAUAUUGAUCCAUCAGAAAUUGAUAAAAAUAAUAUGUCCAUUACAGUUGUUAUGGGUUGUUACCGAAUAGUUUUCUUAAAUAUGUUUGUCACUAGUAUAAUGAGCUUCUUGAACAAUUUUCAAGCGGCUCAACAAGCCAUAAAAGACGCCUCAGCAGCAGCGGCAGAAGCAGCGAAAACAAAUAUUAAAGAUGUAAAAGAAAGUGCCGCACGUAUCGGGCUUGCGGUAAAAAUUAAGGCUCCUGUUAUAUAUGUACCAAUGCAUUCGAAAAGUGACCAGUGUUUAACGCUUGAUAUGGGUAAUCUUACUGUAUGUAAUAUUUUUAAAAAGCUAGAAGUUACAAAUGACGCUGGUGAUUGUCCUGUUGUUGAUGAAAUGAGAAUCGAGUUACAAAAUUUAAAGCUAUCACGAGUGAGAUUGAAUAUGGAGAAAUUUACAGUUGAAAAUGAAAUAUUACUAUUAGAACCAGUUAGUUUUACAUUACUUAUGAAACGUAAUUUAUCCACUGCUUGGUUCACAUCUAUACCAGACAUUGAUAUGUCUGGUAGAUUAAAUAAAAUUAAUAUAUUGAUAAGUAAAGAGGAUUAUGCAACUACAAUGAAAGUAUUAGAAAAGAAUUUAGGUGAAACAGUUGAAGAUAAAAAAUUGACAACAAGCAUUAAUCAAGCUGAAAAGAAGCUUGAAGUCGAAGUUUUACAACAUCGUCAAACUGACAAAUUUGCGACAGCUACUAGAGAAGAUUCAGAAGAUACAAAUCUUCAAGAACAAGUACAUAUACAUACAUCCAUUAAAUUUGAAUUUGUUAUGGAUAGUCUCGUAAUUACCUUAUUUACGGGAGGUUCAAAAAUGCUACAAUCACAAAGUUCUCUACUUCAUUUACCAGAAAAUGGACUAGCGAAAUUCUGUUUGACUCAUUUCGCGUUAAAAGGCCGAAUAUUUGCCGAUGGUUUAAUGGCAACUUCAAUUCUUCUUAUGAACUGUACUUUGGAUGAUACACGACAAAGUAGACAAGGUUCUCUAACAAGAAUCAUGGAAAGAACUACAGCAGUACCUUCUAUGGAUGAUGAUGAAAAAGAAUCAAAACCUAUUCGUAGUAUGUUAGAUAUGACUAUUAGGCAAAGUUCAAAUGAUACAUUUGUUGAUAUUCGAGUCUUUUCAUUUAGUAUAAUUGUAUCACUUGAUUAUCUAAUGAAAGUGAAGGAUUUUUUUACUAUUGACGCUCCAUCAACAAAUAAGUCAGCAUCCCAACAUGCUCCAAAGAAUUAUAAUGAAUCAAUAGUUAAAAAGAAACGAAGUACUACACCAACUAAAAAAAUGUUUACUAUUAAUGUGCACAUUGAAAAACCUGAUAUUAUUUUAUUGGAAAACAUGGAUGACAUAAAUUCCAAUUGUAUCAUAUUAAAUACCGAAUUAUUGUUGAAAGUACGUUUGAUGGAUGAACAUCAAAUAAUAACAGGUUCCAUAAAAGAUUUGUCGAUUUCAGCUGGUAUAUACAAUCCUAUGAAAAGGAGUGAUUGGAUAUACCAGGUUCUAAGACCAUGUAGUAUAAGUGUAGCAGGCUCUACACCAGAUGAAAAAGGACUUCACAUUGAUAUUUGCUGCACAGAUAUUCACUUAUCAGUUUCUCCAGGUGUCAUAGAAAUAUUGAAUAAAGUCAUUCAUUCUGUUACGAAAACGGAUGUGAAAGAUGAGGAAGUUAUUAUUACUGAACAAAAUUAUGAAGGAUUGUGGAUCGUGACACCGUUUAAAGAAAGUGAUUUUUGGUUUUUAAAAACAGAAUUAGGAGCAGAGACUAUAGAAGAUUUUGUAUACUCUGAUGAUGAAGAUACUACAGUUUAUAAACCGGAAUUAGCAAUAAUCUCUGCACCAACAAUUCUGUUCACAUUGGAAGCAGGAGUCGGCAAUAAAACAUUACCAAUGCUUUUACUUCACAUCGGUUUCCAAAGUAAUAUUAGCGACUGGAGUACGAAAACUAUGAACAUAGAAUAUACAAUGUCGGUAAUUAUGGCGUAUUACAAUAGUUGUUUGGCAUUGUGGGAACCAUUGAUUGAACCAGUUGAGGUGAUCAAAAAUAAAGAACAUGUUUCAACACCCUGGGAACUAAUAGUUAAAAUUCAAUUCAAUGAUGUAUCUGCGGAUUCUAGAGGCAUAAGUGCAGUGAGUCCCACAUCAGAUAGUGAAACAGAAGAAUUGCAUCAAACUCCCAAAAUGUCUAUCGACAUAAUAUCUACUGAAAAUUUAGAAAUAACAGUAACCAAAACAUGUCUGGAUGUACUAAAACAACUUGGUAAUGCAUUUUCGUCUGCCAUGGAAGCUAGUGGAAAAGGAACUGCAAAGAGUGUGGCCCCAUAUGUACUUAAGAAUGAAACUGGUUUAGCAAUGGUCUUAGAUUUAGAACGCAGUCACUUCAAGGUUUUUAAUGAUCGAUUAAAACUUACGAGCAGUAAUACAAAUUCGUACAUGGAAGUAAUUCUUGAAUCUGGUGCAUCAGUAGAACUAGCCUCAAGAACAACAAAAACGGAAAUACCAUUGCUUGAUCAAUUGAAAACUGAAACAAUUAAAGAACGGGAAGACGAUAAGUUUAUUAUUUCGUUUAAAGAAAUUCACGGAACUCUGGCGAUACCUGUUUUAAGAGCUGACAAAAGGUUCUUUUCAUUAAAAUAUCGAAAAGAUAGUUCGGAAGAAUGGGGUAUUGUUUCCGACGUUGUAGUAGACGAAGGCAGUACUAUUGUUACUCUUAGAAGUAUUUUACAGGUACAUAAUCAUUUUAGUCAACCAAUAUCUGUAUAUUAUAUGACUAAACGCGGAAAUGAAGUUGAAUGUGUUGGAACUGCUGCUCCAGAUAGUAAAUUAAAUCUUCCAUUACACGCCGUAUAUACUCCAACAAAUAUCUAUGGGCUAUUUUUUAGCGUUGAAGGAUAUAUGGUUUCAUUAGAUCAAUUUAUUUGGAAGGAUCUUCAAAAGACAGUCAGUAUGACAAAACUCUUAAAAUGCGAAGCUCGAAUAAAGCAAGAAACAAUAGAACCAUUUUAUAUAAAGAUGUUUUUCGUGAUGGUUGUGGUUGGUAGUAUUUUAUAUAAUAACAACACUAUUGGCUUAUUAUUGAAUGCUAUUAACUGGCGAUCCAUAUUCUGCCGUUUCAUUGAUUGCGUCAAGCAUCUUUGCUUGAAAAAUUUAUCCUCAGAGCACAAAAAAUAUCUGGAAGCACCUAUUCAGGUUGUUGGUGAAAUGGAACAGGUUUAUUUUGAAAAUACUAGUCGACACACUAUGGCAAGUACGAUUUAUAAUGUUCAUUUAUACCCACCUGUAUAUUUGAAGAAUUUUUUGCCUAUUGAUAUUAUUGUGUGUCUACCUGGAGCUGUACAAGAGAAACUUUUAGAAGCUGGAACAACUUAUCAGAUUCCUACAAUUGAUCCUGGAAAAUCUUAUAUAAUUAUAAAGUUACCAAAUUAUUUAGAAAAAGAUUGGUCAUGCAGAGGUGAAAUAAUAGCGAAUCCAGCAGAAUUUUCUGUAUGGUCUUUUGAAUCUUUUGACAGUGCACAAAAAGCUGUAAUGGAUUUGGGAAUGCAUACAUCAUAUAAACAUGGUUCUAUUGUUAUGGCAUUAUAUUGUCCAUUUUGGAUGUUAAAUAAAACAGGCUUAAUGUUAUCUUAUCCGAAAUCAAGUAAGGGUGGCAAAGAACACUCAAGUCCAGUCAAGAAUUUGGUUUGUGUGAAACCUCAUCAACCACGUGCAGAAUACAGGAAGAAGAAAGCACGUUCGAGUGGAGAAGACUAUGUAAAUGUACUUUACCACCCAGAGAAUUUUAAGGGACCAAUAUUGUUUUCAUUUCGCUCCAAAGCAUUCUUUGGUAAAAAGAAGGCAAUGAUUAGAGUGGAAGAUGGUGAAUGGUCUGAUGAAUUUCCAAUAGAUGUUGCAGGAAGUGAUGGAGUGGUCACUUGUAAAUAUAAUGGCUUAAUAUAUCAGAUUGGUGUUCACAAUCAAUUGACUUGUAAUUCUUUAACAAAACAAAUUACAUUUACUCCAUAUUAUGUACUAAUAAAUAACUCCAAUUAUUUUAUUGAAUGCCAAGAAGGUAAUAGACCAGCUGAUCCUAUGAUUAAGGUUUCUCCCGGAGAAUGCAUGGCCCUUUGGCCGCAUUCUGAACAUGAUCAGAAAACUCUAAGAGCUAGAAUUAUGGGUGAUCCUGAGAAAACUGCACCAUUUCUAUAUACAGAGAGUCAUACGACUUUAUUGAAAUUGAAUAAUAAGUAUGGGGGAAUUAAUGUAGAUAUACAAAUAAGUGAAGGUGGAGUCUACAUUUCUUUAUCUGUUUAUACUCAUGGAAAUGCUCCAGCUUUAAUUAUUAAUCAUACACCAUACACUAUCAAUUUCUGGGAAAAAGGAUCAUUGAAUGUCAGAGCUGUACAAACAAACAAUAGAAUGUUUUAUACUUGGGAAAAUCCUGCAGGAUCGCGAAGAUUAGUUUGGGAAGAUAACAAUAAAAAAGAAAUUGAAGAAACUCUACGAAAAGAUACUUUAGGAGCUUUUCAGUUACCAGAUUUAGACAUAGAAGUGUUCUAUGUAUCGUUUUUGGAUGGUACACAACGGGUACUUCUGUUUACAACAAAUAUGAAAGUUGCAGAAGACUGUGAAUUGGCGGGUGAUUUCGAAGCUAUAGAACAAGAAGUGACAAUAAGUAUUCAUGGAGUUGGUUUUUCACUCGUUAAUAACAUCACGCGAUCUGAAUUGUUAUAUUUAUGUAUAGCUAGUUCUGAAAUUAUAUGGGAAACGCGUAAAUCUAUUACUCAUCGUUGGCGUGGUCUUAGCACGAGAGAGGUAAAUGUUAUAGAAAAAGGCUAUCAAAAAUAUAUGCGUGAAUUACAAAUAGGAAAAGAUCCGACACAAAAAAUAUUGCUUGAACCAAAAUUAGAGAUAGAUUAUCUAAAUAUGGAAAUGUUAAAACCACAUCGUCGUUGUUUGCGACGAACUUUCCAAACUGGUUUAUGGUUGCAAUACCGUACUUCAGCGCAUCAAGUGCAGUUACAUGCAAAGAUUAACAGAUUGCAAAUUGAUAAUCAACUAGCAGAUUGUGUUUUCCCGGUUAUAUUGGCUCCAGUUCCACCACCAAAGAGUGUCACAGCGAGUACUGUUAUGAAACCGUUUGCUGAACUUAGUAUGGUUAAACAAUUACUUGAACAUAGUAAUGUACAGCAAUUUCGGUACUUUAAGGUUCUUGUACAAGAGUUUCAUGUAAAAGUGGAUAUUGUAUUUAUUAAUGCAAUCAUGGGAAUAUUUGAAACAAAUGAAAUGAACGAUACGGAAGAAAGAAAAUUGUUCAAAUUGGACACGAAACUCGUUGAUGAACCAUUAAUGUAUCAUGUCAGUUUAAUUACUACAGCUGAACAGAAAAACUUCUUUGAUUUACUACACUUCUCUCCUUUGAAAAUUCACAUAAGUUUCUCAAUGACUGGUAGCAGCAGCGGGCCUUCUGCAGUACCUCAAGUAUUAAAUGUAUUAUUACAAGGAAUAGGUGUUACGUUAACUGAUAUUAACGAUAUUGUCUUUAAAUUAGCGUAUUUUGAGAGAGAAUAUAUUUUUAUGACGCAUAAACAACUUAUUUCCGAAGCUACAAUGCAUUACGUAGGACAAGCGAUUAAGCAAGCUUACGUUCUCGUUUUGGGACUCGAUGUAAUAGGCAAUCCAUAUGGUCUUGUAGUGGGCACUAUGAAAGGCAUCGAAGAUUUAUUCUACGAACCUUUCCAAGGUGCUAUACAAGGACCUGGAGAAUUUGCUGAAGGUUUGCUUCUUGGUAUGAGAAGCAUGUUAGGCCAUACUGUUGGAGGAAUGGCGGGUGCUGUUUCCAAAAUAACUGGAGCUAUGGGCAAAGGUAUAGCUGCCUUAACGUUUGAUAAAGACUAUCAGAGAAAACGGCAAGAACAGCUUAACAAACAACCAGCCAAUUUGCAAGAAGGUCUUGCUCGUAGCGGUAAAGGUUUAGUAAUGGGUGUUGUUGAUGGUGUAACUGGUGUUGUAAUGAAACCCAUAUCGGGUGCUAAAGAAGAAGGUGUGCAGGGAUUCUGUAAGGGAUUUGGAAAAGGCGUUGUUGGCCUUGUUACUAGACCUACUGCUGGAGUUAUAGAUUUUGCCAGUGGUUCAUUCGGAGCAGUGAAACGUGCAACUGAGUUGCAUGAAGAAGUAAAAAAAGUGAGGCCAUCUAGAUUUUUGCAACCAGAUAACUUAGUCAGACCAUAUGUUCGAAAACAAGCUGAGGGACAUAAAAUCUUAAGUGAAUUAGAAAAAGGAAAAUACGCAAAUACUGAUAUCUAUUUUUAUCAUAUGUAUAUUAACAAAGAUGUAUUAUUGCUUACUGAUAAGAGAAUAGCAUAUUUAGAGCACAGUGAUUUAUUCGGUGGAUGGCGGGUACAUUGGACCCAUACAUGGCAAGAAAUGAGCGAAUUACCUAAAUUAGUUGAUAGGGGAGUUCAGAUAUUUGUUAAGGAUACUAAUAAGAGAAAAUUGGGAAAUCUAUUUGGUAGUGCAGAUCAAUCAAAAAUAAUUUUAAUACCUGAUUAUAAUGUAAGACAGCUUUUAUGCAAUAAAAUACAACAACAAAUUGAUCAAAAUGGAUUAUAA